AUAGCAGUUUUAUCACAAAAAUAUAAACUCUGCCCACAAGGCAAGUCUUCUGCUGUUUUAUGAACCAACAAAGUGCUUCUUAACACUGACUUUACACUUAGUGGUUUUAAACGGGUUUACAUAAAAAAGCUUGAAACUGUGAUGUGUGCCGUUAUUGGUCCUGAUGUUGAGGGGUUGGGCUCAGUGACUCCACUGUCACAACCCAAAAGCGCACUGAUCCAUCACACAACAUCAGUUUAGGAAGAGCGAGCGGGCAAGAAUGCAGCAGAAGCGGACGUUUACCCAGGGGACUGCUUAGAGAGCAGUUUUAUUAUUUGUUUUCCUUUUGGAUGGACAAUCACAUCCACACAUAAUCGUGUUAGGAUAUGUGAGUGUUGCAGAGGAAAGGCAUGCAGCCAGAUGAGCAGAGCUAAGAGGAUUUAAUGCUGCUGGACAUAAGCCACGCUGAGUAAAGAAGAAGAUUAUAUUGUUUUAAUCAAAUGCAAAAAAAGUUUUUAUUGCGGGUCACUUUGAGUUUGGACCGUCGAGGAGCGAUGCUCGUCUUUCAUCCCCUCUUUAUGCAAUCUGUGAACGACACUGUAAGGAUGCUCACCGCACAGAGAUGUAUGGGUCCAACUCUACAGUAGAAGGGCAUACUGACUCAAGACCCUGCCACGAGUGGAUCUGAUCUUUAUUAACCCAGAUCUGGACUCAUAAAAUACAUGAAGAUGUGCCAGUGUUACUCUGCCCUGCUUAUGCUCUGCUUACACAUGGUGACAUGUGGCACGGAGCUCAGUCCUCUGGGUUGGGGAGAGAGUGAUAAGGAGGAAAGUGUCUCUUCUUACGGCUCUCGUUCAGGGAUUCUCAAAUCCCUGCGGCUCUUCUCCCACACAUCCCAAUCUAACAGCCAGAGCCGUGAAGCUGCUCCGGACCCUGGGGCGCUGGAUCUUUGGGCUUGGCUAUCCAACCACACUGAUACCGAAGGAACCCUCUCGAGGGCCAAACGUCGUCCCUAUGUGAAAACAGGCAAGUUUAAGAAAAUGUUUGGUUGGGGCGACUUCCAUUCAAACAUCAAAACGGUCAAGCUCAACCUUCUCAUUACUGGGAAGAUUGUUGACCACGGCAACGGAACCUUCAGCGUAUAUUUCCGCCACAAUUCCACCGGCCUGGGUAAUGUGUCCGUCAGUCUGGUCCCGCCCUCCAAGGCUGUCGAUUUUGAGAUCACUCAACAGGAAACCAUAGAGGUACCUAAAGACAACAAGGCCUUCAAUUGUCGAGUGGAAUACGAGAAGACGGACCGCAGCAAGAGGACGUCUGUUUGCAGCGACUUCCCGAACAGGGUAUGCUUCCAGGAGCAGACCCAAAGCCAUGUUUCCUGGCUUUGCUCCAAGCCCUUCAAGGUCAUCUGCAUCUACAUUGACUUCUUCAGUGCAGACUACAAGCUAGUACAGAAGGUCUGCCCAGACUACAACUACCACAGUGACACUCCCUAUACCUCUGUUGGAUAGCACAGCCUAGAUUGGA